AUGCCUGGAUCGGAGUAUUACGUGAGGUUUCUGACUGGUCGAUCGGGCGAAUUGUUGGGAGCUAAUUUAGUAGCUUGUUGGGCGUGGGAUGGAUUGUCUAGGCAGACGAGCCAAUGGGCAGUCACAGACACGGACAUGAACAUGGAUGUGGACAUGCCGUCGAGGAUGGGGCGGUUGGGCCUUUUGUAUGCCGCGACUGCUGCGUCAGGUGUCAACACUGUUGAGCUGAGUGCUAUGCCUGUAGAAGGGAAUCAGGCUCAGAAUACGUUAGUUACUUGGGGAAUUGGUACGGAGUGGCUGCUAGGAGGUGGAGCUAUAGAGUAUUGA